CGUGAGUGUUAAGACGGAAUGCAAUAAUAGUUUCUUUUCGUAUCACGUUUCACUUUCUCGGAAGAUCGACAAUUUUUCUUCCUUUGCAUAUAUUCUCGCUUCGUAUUUCGCAUUCCGCUUUAAUUAUUGGGUUUGAAUCUCUGUCAGUGACUUUCAUAUGGUGACUUCAUUUCGUCAGUCUCUCGUCGUCAUUCGAUUUGUUCAGUUCUGUGUAUUGUUGCAGUUAUAAUAUAAUAAUGUCUUUCGCAGGAAAAAAGAGAGUCCCAGUAUUGACGAUUCACAAUGUGGAUCAUUGCAUCAAGGAAAACGGCAAGAAUCAUCGUACUUCCAGAUACGAGAUGAUGACCCGUCAGGAUGACAGAGCAAGACUCGUUGUCAGACGUGGUCAGGAAUUUUAUCUGCAUCUCAGUCUAUCGCGGAAUUAUAAUUCCACUGACUAUAUUUCCAUUAUUUUCACUCUGGAUGGCGUGAGCCCGCAACGUGGAUCUGGGACAUUAGUGGCAAUUGAUAUGCACGAUUCCACGGACAUUUCCGAAGCUGCCAACUGUCAGGCCAUCAUAGAUGCCAAAGGAACGAAUUUCCUAAGAAUAAAGGUUGUGACAUCGGCAAACGCAAUUAUAGGCAAGUGGAAGAUGAAUAUCGAUAUCUAUCACGAGAAAUCCGAUACUGUUGUCAGUUACACGAUGGAUCCAAUUUAUUUGAUCUGUAAUCCAUGGUGCAAAGACGACGUGGUAUACAUAGAUAGCGAGAUUGAGCGUCAAGAGUAUGUAUUAAUGGAAGAUGGUUUAAUUUGGCGCGGCACUCACAGCUGUUUGCGGUCCACUAUGUGGAAGUACGCGCAAUUCGAACGGGACAUCUUGGAUUGCGCCCUGUACCUAAUGAAUCAUGUCGGCAAAGUCCGCGUUAUCGACAGGAACGAUCCGGUCAUCAUAAUGCGCUCUCUGUCCGCCGCGGUGAACUCUCCGGAUGGGGUAAUGAUGGAAAAUUGGUCGAACGACUAUGAGAACGGUAUACCACCUACGAGAUGGAUGGGCUCGCGAAAAAUACUCCAGCAGUAUUAUAUGACGAAGAAACCGGUCAAAUACGGACAAUGUUGGGUUUUCUCCGGCGUGCUGGCGACGAUUUGUCGCACGUUAGGUAUACCGUGUCGAGUGGUGACCAACUACUCGAGCGCGCACAUUACUCAGAGCAGCCCGGUCGUGGACUACAUCGUCAAUGAGGAAGGAAAAAUCAUGGAGGAGCUCAGCGAUUCCGUAUGGAAUUUCCACGUUUGGAACGAAGUAUGGAUGAAGCGACUGGAUCUGUCGCCGGAUUGUUCGGGAUGGCAGGCGAUCGACGUGACUCGUCGGGAACUGUGCGACGGUGCUUACUAUUGCGGACUGGCAUCGGUAGCCGCCGUGAAGAAGGGAGAACUCCUGCGAUCCUAUGACAACGCGUUCUUUUUCGCCGAGGUACGCGCCAACAAAGUCUACUGGCGUAACGGUCGACCGAAACAAUUGUUACAGUUUAUUCGCAAGGUUAAGUACAGUACUGGAAGGCUGAUCUGCACGAAAGCAGUUGGCAGAUUGGUAAUGGAAGACAUCACACACACUUACAAGUAUUCAAAACGAUCCGAAGAACAUGGUGUUAUGCUAAAUGCACUGCUGCGCCAGCGCGAGACUCCAUAUGACUGUUGUUACCUGAAUGAAAAGUUCAACGAUGUUCAAUUCCUUUUUGAACUGCGCGAUGACAUCAUGAUAGGACAGCCAUUCAGUGUCAUAUUACUGACAAAAAAUCAGCAUUCGAAGCUGGAGUAUCGUGUGUCUAUAAUUUUGAGAGUGGAAACUGUGCUAUACACCGGCCGAGGAGGCAUUCUGGUGAAGAGAUUACACAUCGACAAAUUAGUCCGAUCAGGGAUGCCUGAAGAAAUUCGCAUGGACGUUUCUUGGGAGGAAUACGGUCCAAAAUUGUUAGAUCAAUGCGCUUUCAAUAUCACUUGUCUCGCCACCGUGCAGAACAUAGGCUUCGAGUAUUUUGCGCAGGAAGACUUUCGCGUUAGAAAACCCUACAUUGAAAUCACGUUGCAUAACGAUGCGAUUGUUGGUCAAACUCUUCAUGCUACGGCGAAGUUCCGCAAUUCGUUGCCGAUUCCUUUGAAAAACGGUAGAUUCAUUAUCGAGGGUCCUGGUCUGAACGAACAGUUGAAGCUCAAACUAUCGGAAUCUGUCGAGGUGGAUGCAGAUGUAAAAUGUAGCUUCUCUAUGAUUCCAAGAUUAGAAGGACGUGCUUGGAUAGCGGCAAAGUUUUAUUCGAGGGAAUUAGAGGACGUCGAUGGACAUUCCAAUAGUUUUAUAGUUAAAUCAGCGAAGCGAUAAUCAAUAGUAAUACUAAGUAAUCGCAAUUAUUUUUUAUAAUACUGUAGAAUAUAUAAUGUAGAAUAUAUAGUGUUCUUUCUAUUUUUAUCUUCGAUUUAUA